CUUCUUCUUCAACAAACACACAGACAUAACUUACCUUGCUACAUUUCGUGCUUCAAAUCUUAGGGAAUCGAAAAUGAACGACCUAAUGACCAAGUCAUUCACGAGCUACGUGGAUCUGAAGAAAGCGGCAAUGAAAGACGAAUUGGACUUGGAAGCAGGGCAGGGAGUGGAGCUGAGCUCUUCCACCACUCACAUGGACACGGACAUGGGCCUGUUCUUGGAGGAAGCCGAGAAGGUGAAGACGGAGAUGGCGAGCCUCCGCGAGAUACUGGAGAGGCUCCAACAGGCCAACGAGGAGGGAAAAUCACUCCACAAGCCCGACGCUCUGAAAUCUCUAAGGACAAGAAUCAAUUCCGACAUUGUGACGCUUCUGAAGAAGGCCCGGGCCAUUAGAGCCCAUCUGGAAGACAUGGACAAAGCCAACUCCGCAAACAGGAGGCUCUCGGGACUCAAGGACGGGACCACAACCGCCAUCUACCGCACUCGGAUCGCGGUCACGAACGGGCUCCGGAAGAAGCUGAAGGAGCUGAUGAUGGAGUUCCAGGGGCUGAGGCAGAGGAUGAUGACAGAGUACAAGGAGACUGUUGGAAGAAGGUACUUCACGGUGACGGGUGAGUACCCGGACGAAGAGGUGAUCGAGAAGAUCAUUUCGAAUGGCGAAGAAGAGGAGUUCUUGGGGAAGGCGAUUGGGGAGCAUGGGAGGGGGAAAGUGAUGGAAACGGUGGUUGAGAUUCAGGACAGGCACGAUGCGGCGAAAGAGAUCGAGAAGAGCUUGCUUGAGUUGCAUCAGGUGUUCUUGGACAUGGCGGUUAUGGUGGAGGCUCAAGGGGAGAAGAUGGAUGACAUUGAGCACCACGUGAUCCAUGCUUCUCACUACGUUAAGGAUGCUAACAAAGAAUUUGUGAGCGCUAAAAAGUACCAGAGGAACAGUAGGAAGUGGCUCUGCAUUGGGAUCAUUAUUCUUCUCAUCCUCAUCCUUGUUAUUGUCAUUCCCAUCGCCACCAGUUUCAGUAGCUCUUGAAGGGAUCAACAUUUCUCAUGACUCUUGGUUUCUAGUUGCUGCAGAGUUGUACCCUACGACUCUCUCCUUGUUUUCUGCCAUUUGUUCAAGAGUUAAAUUAGUCAUGUAUUGUGCUCAUAUCAGCUGAAAUUAAGUUAUCCCCUUUUCUGAAUGUUGAAUGCUACCAACUAUGUUCUCAGAUUCUUAA